AUGGCUGGGCAUCUUCUUGCUCUGAGAGAGAAGGACCUGACUCAGGACACGAAGAUCUGUACCAACUGCGCCUAUGGCAAUGGCACAGCUCCCACCACCUGUGUGUGCGAGAAUCCGCCCUUCUCGGUGCCAGCCAAGUACAAUGAAGAGUGCGGCAUGGGCAAGGAGUGUGCUGAGGGCGAAGGCAUUUGCUACCGGCCGUGUAUGACUUUCUUGCACGUGACCUCCUGCCCAGUCGACUACUGUCAGUGGAACAGACUGACCCUGAUAUGCGAAGAUAGGUCAAUGGACAUGCCCACGGUCUAUUGGCGUGACACCAGCGUAGGCUCGGACGGGAGGAAAGCAUGCCGCAAAUAG